AACCCACCUAUUUGCCUAUUCAUUUCUACCCCCAAACUUCAUAUUACUCCCAAUUCUACACCUACACCCCCACCCCCCCCCACCCCCACACCACAAAUCUCCCCGUCGGCGGCGAAAUUUGUUCUCUCUCUUUGGUCAACUCCGGCGGAUCUCGUCAGUAUCUCCGGCGAAACGAUUUUUCUUGGGGUUUCUAUUGUUUCUUUAGAUUUCAUGAAAUUGGAGCAUAAAUGGCAAGCUAUUCAGGGAAAGGAUCUCCAUUAAAUGGUUCCGUGUACGUCUGUAACUUGCCCCAUGGUACAGAUGAAGACAUGCUUGCUGAAUAUUUUGGCACGAUAGGGGUGCUAAAGAAAGACAAACGAAGCGGUAGGGCUAAGAUAUGGUUGUACCGUGAUAAAAUUACAAAUGAGCCCAAAGGCGAUGCUACAGUCACAUAUGAAGACCCUCAUGCUGCAUUAGCUGCUGUUGAAUGGUUCAAUAACAAGGAUUUUCAUGGGUCUACAAUUGGUGUAUUCAUUGCUGAGUCUAAGAAGGACGAGGCUUCCUAUGUUACAGGGAAUCAAGUUAGUGAGCCCAUUCUGGGCAGUGGUAUGGGUGCCCUGGAUGAAGGCGCCAACGAUAUAGAUGGAGGUGGCGGAAGAGGUAGGGGCAGGGGAGAUGCUUCUGCAAAGGCAUGGCAACAAGAUGGUGACUGGUUGUGUCCCAAUACAAGUUGCUCUAAUGUAAACUUUGCAUUUCGUGGAGUUUGCAACCGUUGUGGAACUGCUCGACCUGCUGGUGCUGGUGGCGGUGGGGCUGGAGCUUCUGGUCGUGGUCGAGGACGGGGUAGCCAGGACCCAGGAGCUCCUGCUCGUGCUGUUGGAGGUCCUCCAGGUCUCUUUGGUCCAAAUGAUUGGUCUUGUCCAAUGUGUGCCAACAUUAACUGGGCUAAGAGGAACAAGUGUAACAUAUGCAACACCAACAAGCCUGGGCACAAUGAGGGUGGUGUGAGAGGAGGACGUGCUGGAGGUUAUAAAGAACUCGAUGAAGAAGAAAUAGAGGAAACUAGACGUCGGAGAAAAGAGACCGAAGAAGAUGAUGGUGAAAUGUAUGACGAGUUUGGAAAUCUGAAGAAGAAGUUUCGUGCUAAAACACAGCGAACAGAAGCAGCACAGAGCCUCCCCCCUGGAGUAGGACGUGCUGGAUGGGAAGCUGAGGAAUUAGGUGUGGCUGAGCGAGAUAGAAAGGAAAGAAGCAGAGAAAGAUCAAGAGAUUAUGAUGAUAGGGAGAGAGCUAGGCAUCGAAGCAGAAGCCGAGAGAGGGAUAGGGGAAGAGAUAGAGACCGCUCCUACGACUAUGAUCGAGACAGAGAAUAUGGCCGUGGCCGUGACCGUGACCGUGACCGAGAGCGGAGCAGGUAUCGUCAUUGAAGAUCGCGUCAACCCUUCCAUCCAAAUAGUUUCCAAUUUUGGUAUUCAUCAAACUUUGUUUCUCAUGUUUGUAUGGGCUACUACUAGCGUGGCACCUUGUUACAGUUGCUUCACUUAUGUCAAAUUCAUACCCCUGACUACGCGCAUAGCCUCAGCUUUAGUGCGCCGUGCUGCCCUUUUAUAUGUUGACUAUUCGACUUGAUCUUGGUCAUUGUCAUUUUUUCCAAAUUCUUAUGUUGAAUUUGCCUUUUUGUACGUUGCUUGUUUUCAAGGAGGCUAUUAUAAUCU